AUGGUCCGCGUUACCGAAGAACUCGCCCUUUCCCCCAGCACGUCACUCUCUACCACGCUACCGAUCCCCUCCUCGGCCACCUCCCCCUCCAGAGUUCAGGUCCACGUCUACAGCCCUGCCGGCUUCCAGUCCUAUCCCCGUAUCACGAUAUCCCCCAACUCGCCCUUUUACGGAGUUGUCAAUCACCUACCGCGCGAAUGGCAGGGUGACGAAAUCUAUCGAGGGCUGGCCUUUGGUCUGUUCAAAUACUUUACGGAGCUGCCCGAACUGGUGAAGAAUUACCUGCGAAACCAGUACCCUACGACACGGGCGAGGAGGCCAGGCUCGGCUCCCGCCCUGUUUGGUGAGCAGCAUGCUGCUGACCUUGCGAGCUCCAUGCUCAAGUCCGAGGUCACCACCGAGGUCGUCAAUCAACUGCACGAUGCCCUCCAAACCCAGCAUAUCAGCAAUGUCGAUAUCGACUUUGUCCUCCCUCCCGGCUCCAUAGUUCCCCUCCAACCCGAAGAUUACUCCGAUGCUGCGGCGCGCGCCUUCGAAGCCUACCUCUCUCAAUCGCAGCAAGUCCUUCACAAAAGACCAAAGGCAGAGCUCCGGAUGAAGCUCGGCGAACUUCUCGACACCGAGGAGCGAUAUGUCAUGAAGCUCAAUGAGUUGGUAAGGCACAUUGCCGACGACUUUCGGCAGCUCGCCAAGCAACAGGCUCAAGGGAGCUUGAGCCCGUCCGAGGAGGAAGUGGGACGGCUCUUUCCUACUUCUGCCGACCGCAUUCUGCAGAUGAACUCGGCCUUUCAUAUCGAAUUGCGUAGAAUCAUGGAAGAGUCCGAGGAAGAGGCGGUGAAGGACAUCGAAACGCCCACGGUCGCUCUGGCAGGCUCGAAGCUGGGUGGGUCGGUCCGCGUCAAAGACCCCAGCGGUGCGCUUUCCGUCGCAAGGCUGUGCCUUGAGUGGUUCCCGAAAUUCACCGACAGCUACCAGGACUAUAUCAAGGCUAGCCAGCACUUCCCGACUCUGCUGAAUGGCUUCCUUUCGAAACAGUCAUCCUUUAGGCAGAGGGUGAACCAGGCCGGAGAGCAAGCCAUUCGCUCAGUCCUCAUAGAACCCGUGCAGAGACUGCCCCGUUACAGCUUGCUCAUUGACCAGAUAGUAUCGUCACUUCCCAUCACGCAUCCCGCACUGCAGCCCAUGCUGAAGGCGCGGGACAUCAUUGCCAACAUUUGCUCAAUGGACGACCCCCUCCCCGAUAAGCCCCAGACGACCACGCGAAUGCGUAACAUGGUCGAGUCAUGGCCCCUGGAUCUCGAACCGCAGGGACGUUUGAUCCUCGCCGUCGACUUUAUCGAGGUCCUCCCACCGUACCAAAUCCCGAAGCCCGACGACACCGAAAACGCCGGAAUGUUCCUCCUCUUCUCGGACUGCAUUGUCAUUUUGAAGAAAAAGGUUAUGGGGCUGACUGGCCGAGACCUCCUACGCGAGCUCGACAAGCCUUCCGCGGCAGGUCUCAUGAUGUCGAUGACCAACGCCGCGGGAGGGCCCCCUCCUAUGAGCUUGCCUUUGCUGGUCAAGGCCCGCGUCGAGGGUCGCUUCUCCGAGGCAGAACGAGAGAACCCGUGCUGGACUCUGCGGUCCGUCCGCAUGCCUGAUAACAAUCUAGGCUUGUUUGCGGCCGUCUUCCAGGAGGGGAUCGGUCAGCUUACCGAGGGACGAAGAGAACCCGCGCCCAUCCGGGUCGUUGUUGACCGCGAGAAGGGCACUACGGGCGCCCCUGUCGGCCAUUACGGCGUCGAGAUUGUGAUCAAUGUCAGCACGAAUGAUAUGCAGCGCAUCUCCAUGAACACGGUCGGGUUGAAUGGCAAGCUCUUUACUGAUGAGAUCGCGUUGGAGGACUUUAUGCCGACCCUGUCCCGAAGAAUCGUCCAAUUGUUGAGUAGCCAAUUCAACAUCCUAAACCUACGCACACAUUCCAUAUUCGGCUCCACGCGCGACAAGGACCGAAUCCCGCUCGAUGAUGGGAAACCGGAAAACCCUCUUGUUCGUCUAGAGCAGACAUUUACUGGAUAUGUUGCUGCGCUACAGACGAGAAAAGGCUCCAUCAUCGGGCGUACGCUCCUCAACCGAUCCGGCGUCGAUGAGCUCGCAGUCAAUGACCUAUACAACCGGCUCAUUGAGUCACCGUUUGACAUUGAUUCAGCAACUGAAUUGACAGCAGACAUCAUCUUUGUGGCCUUUGAGAAGUUUCUCCGCAUCGCCUGGUCGGAGCAGAUGGGGCCCAUCAUGACAAUCCAGGCACUCGACACACUACAGGCGCGGGCGAACAAGCGGGUACCGGGAGACUUUGCCGACUUUGUCAACUAUCUUUUUGGCGACAUGGCGCCGCAGAACCGACGGGCCUUCACAGCCCUGAUCAAACUUUUGGCCGACCUCCUAGAAGGCUGCGGAAACGAUAGCGAUCGCGGAGCCCUGACUCUUGCGUUUGCCCAACUCCUCGUUCCCGACGGAACGGCGCACAAUUACAUCAAUCUGCUUGACAUGCUUGUGGAUGACUGCGAUCGCAUUUUUGAGGAAAUCGCAUUGAGCAACAGCAUUCAACUUGGUGGUUCGGCGUACGAGUCGGUCAACUCGAUGACGCGAAGCAUGAAGUCGCACACCGGCUCACUCACCUCGAACACGUCGUCUCUGCGACGCAAGUUUGGGUUCGACACUCUACUGCGACAAAACAGCAAGGAUUCUGGGCACGGGCCGGCAUCGCGCGAUAGGCCGCCCGUAGCCGGCGCUUUUGACGAGAUUCCACGGCCGGCAAGCUCCCACCGCCUCGAGUCCCGGCUUGAGACGAUUGGGGAACCAGAGGUGGAGGCAACGCCAGCUCCCAAGACGCCAAAGAAGAAGAGGAGAAGCUCGCUCUCGGAUCUGCGGAGCCUGAUGGCCGCCACAUCGAUCGAAGAUUCGACAACUCUGAUGCCUCUUGACCUGAACAAGCAGACGUCAGAAAAAUUCAACUCGGCACCCAGAAUCCCCUCCCCGUCGAGAAUUCCGAUCAGUCCAAGCUCACAGGGUCUGAGGGCCUCGCGUCAAAAGGAGAAUCUCGGGGGUCCCUGGGCAGUCUGGCAACACCCACCGACCAGCAGCCCGACAAAGGCUGGCACCAGCCAGAAGCUCCGUCUCCAGUCGCCGCAGAAAUUGCGCGAGAGAUUGCAGACGGAGAAGCAGGCUGCAGACGAAGUCGACGCAUCGCUCAAGUCGGAACUGUCCAAAAUUGCGGAGGACAUGGCCCGAGUCAACGGAGGCGUUGGGGCGAGACUAAGCACGGUGGACAUUCGCAAGCUGUCUGCUUCAGUCAAAGCACUCGAAGAUCGCGUUCCCAGUGUGCUAAAAGAUCUUGCAGACCAGCAUCAGGCUCUCCGGGGCGACAUGGAGACAACUCUCAAAGCCUCGGACGCCAAGGUCAAGGCCAUCGACCAGCUCUACAAGGAGGCCAUGGCGGAGAACGAACUUUUGUACGAAAAGUUCAACUCGGAACUUGGCAAGAUUGUCAAGGCGUUGAAGGGCAAGGGUAGAGAUGACAAGGAAGAACUAGUGACCAAGCUCAAGGAGCAGAGUGAGGAAACUGCAAGGGUGAAGAAGGAAAACGCGCGACUACGGAGAGAGAUGGCGAGCCUGAGAGCGGCCAUGAAGGGGACCUCGGACAAUUAA